AUGGUCACCACAAAAGAAAGCGCCCCGCUCACAACAGACGAGGCACAAGCUGGUGCUUCAAGUUCGAGCCCUCAUAGUGUGAGCGACGGCGAUGGCGAAGCAACAGCGUGCAACGAUACCGGCGAGGACGUCGAGGUGGAACGGGAAGCCAAAUCGAGAGCAAAGGCAGAGGCUAUGGAGAAAUCAGCGCAAAACGACACGUCCGAGCAAACGUUGAGCAUCGACGAUUUGCCAUGGGCAAAUCCCCGCAAUUGGCCCUACUUGAAGCGGGCAGCGAUAGCAGUCGUGGUGAGUGCGAUGCGCGGAUCCAGCACUCGUCGGAACCGCGGCUGAUGCUACGAUGCGCUCCCGCAGAUCUGGCUCUGCAUUGGACCCGUCGACAUGACCGCAGCUGCGUAUGUGAGCAGCAUCGAUACUGACACCUGACUCGACUCCCAAAAGCUCACCUCUUGUACGCAUGUCCGCCCGCUCAGAGCGGAGGGACGGAGCAGAUCAUCGAAGAGUUCCAAGUCACACGGGUUGUAGCGGUGCUGGGCGUUUCUCUAGCAAAUCUGGGCAUCUCCAUUGGUCCCGUCAUCGGUGCGCCUCUGAGCGAGACAUUUGGACGCAAGCCAGUCUAUCUCGUCUCCAUGGCUGGUUUCGUAGCAUUUUCUGCAGCUAGCGGAGGUGCAAGGAAUAUUCAAAGUGCGUCCCGUCGAUGCUUGUAUCGCCCCGCGCGCGUGAAAGAGCGCUUGCUCACUCGGCCCCAUCCGCAGCGCUCCUGAUCACUCGCUUUGUGAGCGGCCUCUUUGCCGGUCCGCCCUUUUCCGUGUGCGGAGGCUCGCUUGGUGACCUCUUUACAGAUGAAGAGCGCGGGUGAGUCGAGUGUCGCCAUGAGCGCCGCGAGUGUCGCCUCACGAGUAGCCCCACCUCCGCCGCACAGACCUUGGGUGGCCAUUUUCACGCUGAUGCUCCAAGGCGCGCCAUCCAUCGCCCCAGUGUGGGCCAACUGGAUGGGCCAGACGGUAUCAUGGCGGUGGAUCCUCUAUGCCAUUGCUAUCUUUGCAGCCUUUGACCUCGUGCUGCUCUGUCUGAUCCCCGAGACGCAGCCCGGCAUCAUUGUCCGCAACAAUGCACAGAGGUUGCGUAAAGAGAGGGGCGCAAAGAGCGAAAAGACUGCAACGCCAGCGGUCAGCAAGCUCGCUGCGCGUUUGCGACCGAAGCUGCAGACAUUGAAAGACGGUCCCGACGAGAGGCAUGCAGAGCACCAGCUGAACGAGAAGCUCGAUGCAUCGCAGGGACAAGUGUAUGCCCCCAUCGAAUUUGAUCGCCGACCGCUGUGGCGCAAAAUCACCUCCACACUGGCUAGACCGCUGGUUAUGCUGGUCACCGAGCCGAUGCUGCUGUCGACGACCAUCUACCACGCGUUCAUAUACUCUUUGUUGUUCAUGCUGCUGGAGAUUGUGAGUAGCGCGCGCAGGCACGCACGCACGCACGCACGCACUCGCGCUCACACCCGCUCACAUCCACGCAGUACCCGCUCGUAUACGAACGCAUCUACUCGCUCUCGCUGGGCUUGUCUGGAACAGCAUUCGUGGCACCAUGGCUCGGUAAUGCGCUUGGCGUGGUGUGGUACUUUGCCAUCAUCGGACCAAAGUACGCCAAGCUGUCCAAAGAAGGGCACGCGACACCCGAGACUCGACUGCCCAGCAUGGUCAUUGCAGCCAUCCUCUUGCCUGUCGCGCUUUUUUGGUUCGCGUACACGACCUACCCGAGCGUGCAUCCAGUCGUAUCCAUGGCCUCUGGAGUGCUCGUAGGUGCAGGAAUGGUGUUGCUGCAGCUCGCUCUGAACGCCUACUAUAUCGAUGUGUACGCCCCAUCAGGCAGGGCGGCAUCGGCACUGGCAGCCAACGUCAUGCUUCGCAACCUCUUGGCCACCGCAUCGCCCCUCUACACCACGCCCAUGUACGACGCCUUGGGUCCGCAAAACGCGAGCGUCAUUCUCGCAGCCGUGGCUUGCUUGGGUUUGCCAAUGUCCCUCUUGCUCAUUUGGAAGGGCAAGCAUUUGAGACAGAAGAGCAAGAUCGCGCAGUGA